AUGACAUCUAUAGCAGUUUCGAUUAACCUCUGCAGCCCUCCCAGAGCUGUGACAGCAGAUCCACCAUCCUUGGCAGCACCACACUCGCAAUCGAAACCCACCGCAAUGGGUGAAACAAACGGAGCUAGCACGCCUCUGGGCGAUUUGAGCAACAUCAAUGCGGGUCAGGUCCGUCCCGGCGGUGCGCCUGCCCGGGUCUAUCUGAAUGAAAAGGUUGUGCCGCAUCUACUCGAGGGGAUGAAGUCUGUUGCGAGGGAACAACCUGCCAAUCCUCUUCGUGUGCUUGGUGAAUUCUUGCUUCAAAAGAGCAGUGAAGUAGAGGGAGAGACUAAGAAGGAAUCGGAGUAG